UAAACAGGAACACGCGUGUUGUUGGAGCAGGAAGGCAGAGCGGGGCUGCAGCAGAAAGAAGACACCGCUGAGGUUCUGCCCGGCACCUCCGCUUACAGCAAUGGCUUCUGUAUUAGACAUGAAGUCCAAAGAAGAGAAGGAUGCUGAGCUGGACAGGAAGAUUGAAGCUCUGCGUAAGAAGAAUGAGGCCCUUGUCCGGAGACACCAGAUGAUCGAGGAGGACCGCAGGAUGGCUGAACAAGAGGGAAUUGCGGUCACCACCCCAAGAAAAUCCAAACAUCUGGAAAGUGAGCCAGACAAGGCUCGGAAGGAGAAGGAGAAUUUCUCAAUCACUCUUGAAGUUUCUGCUGGGGAGAAGAGAGCAGUCAAUGAUGGCAAAUCGCCCAAAGCCUCGCAUACCCCUCCUCGCUCUGAAACCACUCCGAGAAGUCCCACGCACAGGACCAGCAGCCGUACAGGUCAUUUCUCUGGUGGACGAUCCCCGCAAGAGGAUAAAUAUGGGGAACCAUUUAAAGGAGAAGGCGAUGGUAGUCAUCCAUCUGAAAGGGCUACCAGGGGAAGACGGAAUCAAGUCCCUGAGAUGUCUAGAAGAAGUCCAAGGAUUCCUAAUGAUGAUUCUCAUGGAGAACGAUGGUCGGCAUCCCCUAGAGGUGCAGAGAGAGGUGGAAGGGGGGGUCCAGGCCGGGGAGGUGGAGUGGGAGGCCGAGGCGGUGGUCAUGGAGAACUGGUGGAUGGCAUCUUAGGACCUGACAGAAAAGUUAAGGAAUGGGAAGAGAAGAGGAAGCUGAAUAUUGAGAAGAUGAAUGAAGAGAUGGAGAAGAUUGCAGAAUAUGAAAGGAGCCAAAGGGAUGGAGUAAGGGAGAAAAAUCCAAUCCGCAACUUCCUUGAUGAUCCCAGAAGGGCAGGUCCCGUAUUAGAAGUUGAUAGAAAGGAGGGAAGCCGCAGGCACAUCAGAAAUUGGGGUGGCCCUGAUUUUGACAAGGUUAAAACUGGUAUGGACCGGGAAAAGGAGAGUCACGGACGAAGCCCUGGAGGGAAGAAUCGGAUAGACAUGUCCAUGACCGGCAAAGAGCGUGCAGAGUAUGUACGGUGGAAGCAAGAACGAGACCAGAUUGAUCAGGAGAGACUGGCACGGCACAGAAAGCCCACCGGACAGUGGAGGCGAGAGUGGGAUCUCGAGAAAACCGAUUCUAUGUUUAAGGAGGGUGCGGCACCCCAUGUAGAGGAAGAACCAUUUAGCAGAAGAGACCAAGGAAAACGAGGGGCUCCCAAAACACCCACUAUGGCGGAGUUCCUUCCACAGAGCCUUAAGAGACCAACACAAAGGAGGAAUCCGAAUAGGGGACGGGCUGGGAAUAAGCCUUACAGUAUGCAUGACAGCCGGUGGGAAGAGGAGGAUGAUGAUGUUGGAAAUGAAGAGGACCAUCCUCCAUCAUUAGAGGAGAAAGAGACUUGUGUAGAGAAAACAGAGACUAAGAAGGCAGAGGAGCCACAGACACGAACCCCAGAAGUAUCAGCAGCUGGGAGAGAUGACAAGGAAAAUAAAGGGGAAGAUGAUUGCGAAGAAGAUGAAGAAUGGACAGACGCUAGUGAGGAUGAAGAGGAUGUUGAAGAGGAGGAGGAGGAGGAUUCUUUAGAAGGUGAGGAAGAUCUUGGUAAGGAUCUCGACAAGAUGCCUCAAGCCAGUGCUACCCCAAAAGAAAAAAGGCUACCGAAAGAUGUGGCGACUCCUAAGCUGACGAUGCCUCCACCCGACAUGAACACUGAUGACCGAGCCGUGGAGACCAAGCCCACCAGUCCUUUCUCCCCAGAAGGACACCGUCCAGUAACAGACUGGGGAGAAGAGAUGGAGCUGCUGUCUCCUCCAGGAAGCAGCAGCGAGGACAGUCCUCCUCAGGCGGUUAGUACGAGGGGAUUCAGUGAAGACUCAAAAUCUCAAGAGAACUCUUCACCCUCAGGCUCAGCCCAGAACCAAACACCAGCCCUGGAUCUGGUGAAGAAUUUAACCCCUGUCAUAGAAUCUGAGUCUGUGCAUUGCACUGAAACAAAGACAAACAUGGAGACAAAGUCGCCAGAGAGGCUCCCGGAAAGAAAUGUGGAGACCAGAACAAGUCCCGAAGAGACCUCGCCAGCUGCAGGAGAGACCUCUCCAGUAGAAGAAGAGACUUCUCUAUCCCAUGAAGUUACCUCCCCAGCUGCAGGAGAGACCUCUCCACUAAAAGAAGAGAUUUCCCUAUCCCAUGAAGUGACCGCCCCAGCUGAAGAAGGGACCUCCCCAGCUGAAGAAGGGACCUCCCCAGCUGAAGAAGGGACCUCCCCUGCUGAAGAAUCAAGCUCCUUUCCUGAAACAGUGAAUUCUCUAACCACAGAAGAGACCUCACCAGCUGCAAAUGAGACACCACCAAGCGCAGAAAAUUCAUCAACAGUCUUAAUUGAAGCUGAAAAAAAUGCACAGGAGACCUCUCAAAUUGUGGAAGUGCUGGAAGGAGCUGCAAAAUCUGUGCACAUUGCUGACUAUGAAACGCAAAUUAUGGAGGUUCCACCAUCAUCCUGACCAAGAUCUUCACCGAAACGUUUCUCAGGCAUCUCCCCUGUCCAGACAUGCAUUCACCCACAGCAAGCUUUGGGUUGACGUGAACACUUAUGUUCCAGUCCACUACUAUAUUUAUUGCUCCAGGUCAUGCCGGUGUUUUUAUGGUGGCUAGUAACGCUUGCAGGAAGGGUCUUUGGGGAAGGCUGAGUAUCUUCAUCUGUGGAGAACCUGCUUACAGGCAAUAUUAGGCACAGCUGUGUCCAUGCACUACAAGUGACAUACUAAUUAUUAGACUCAUCCUAUAUAAUAUUACUUUGGAAAUGCAUUUUGGAACGCCUCACUUAUUGCCGAAAUAUUGACUGUGCAAUGCUCUGUACGUGUUCUUAAAUUCUGUAUUCACCAGUAGGCUGCAGCUUUACAUGCAGCCUACUGACUGAGGUACACACCUAGAACCCAUCUGACAGAAGAAGCUAAAAACGUAUAACUUUCUAAGGGCCUGUUCACAUGGCGGGUUUUACCGCAGAAUUUUAAAGCAGACAGCCAUUCCGAAAUACAUCUUAAUGUGAGGCAGCGCUGAGGAACAGGGAGUGGCUGCUGAAAGGCCAUGCUGAGAAAGGACAUGUUUGUCCUCGGUGGGGCCAUGGGUUUAAGCCGCCGCUUUGUGAUCCUCUGUGCUGCCUUCCAUUGGGAUGUAUGGGGGACAGAAAGGACACAGACGGGUUUUCAGCAGAAUUUUGGCACUUCUGUCGGCAUCGAAAUUCCGUAGUAAAACACACUGUGUGAACGGGCCCUUAAAGUAAAUCUCCCAUACCACUGUAGCUCCAGUAUGCACUUUUUUUUUUACUUGCCUAGACCUGAGUUUUGUUCUAUAGAAACCUCCAAAUCUCUUGCAUAGCCACAAAUGAUAAUACUCUGGCUGCUUGCAGCGGCCACUAGAGGGAGCUUAGGAGCUUUCAACAGUAUACACUAAGUGCUCCCUCUAGUGGUGCCUGCAGGCAGACAGCAUUUUAUCGUUUUUGACUAUGUAAGGGAUUGGGAGGUCUUUAUCUGAAAAACUGCUUGAAACACUGUAAAGAUAUAUUAGGACUAUAAUUAAUACAUCAUUUUGAACUAAUUUAGGUUAAAAAUGUGUUUCAAAGGGUUAUCACACAAUAAUUAUUAUGGAAUUAUAGGAUAUUAUAGGAUAUUUCCUUGAAGAGUGGACAUUCACUCUAUGUGCAUUGUAACCAACAGUCUCAAAUUUUCCAGGACUGUCUCUGAUUUUCAGAGACAGUCCUGACAAAUUUGGACUGUCCCAAGCCAAAAAAUGGGUGGGACUUAUGCAAGAUCCACCCAUAAAUGGGGGCAGGGCUUACAUACCUCAAUGUAUGUCAAUGCUCACAACAUUUUUAUUUUAUUUUCAGCCUUUAGAUGGUGGUAAAGAGGUCUUUUCAAUAAUUGUGCAGUGAAUAAGACAGUGAUGAAGCUUCCUUAUUUACAGUAAUAUAUAGAUUUACAGUAAUAUAUAUUUAUUAUAUUCUUACUUGGGGAGCGUCCCAGAAUCCCCCAAUUCAUUUUUAAUUUAUUAAUUUUGAAAUUUGUUAAUACAAAUCAUUUCUGACAAGUGGAUGAUCUGGGGAACAAUCAUGUUCAUGAUGGAAGCCACUAGAGUCCUUGACUGAAUAUAUUGGGACACAAAUAAAUCACUAAACAUGGAAGUCCAUCAAAAAUAAUAUUACAAAUGAUAGUAAUAUACCCUUAAAGGGUAGGUUCACCUUUAUUCAUCAUUUUACAGUUUGCCUUUAGCGUUAAAUGGAUCAUUUUGUGUACGGAAACCAUUUUUAGAUACUCUAUUAGGGACAGUCUUUGUUGUCUGUAGCAACCAAUCACAGCUAAGCUUUAAUUUCUUAUAGUGCUCUUCAAAGAUGAAAGCUGUGCUGUGAUUGGUUGCUAUAGGCAACAAAGAUGGUUCAUCUUUUAGACAGUUUUUAGAAAACCUCCCCCAAAUAGUCAAUAGACGAGGCCCUAACAGUCAAAGCAGAGAGUGUCUACAAAGAGAGAAUUAGCCGUCUGAAUAUACCCUAAGCUCGGCAUUAAAAUGCAUCUCUGUUAUGGCCGAGUGAAACUAGCUUUAGCAAUUUAAAGAGCAUUGGGGUCAUUUAUCAAACUGGUGAAAAGUAGAACUGGUUUAGUUGCCCAUAGCAACCAAUCAGAUUCCAUCUUUCAUUUUUGACAGCUCCUUUAGAAAAUGAAAGGUGGAAUCUGUUUGGCUGCUAUGGGCAACUAAGCCAGUUCUACUUUACACCAGUUUGAUAAAUGACCCCACAUCUGUCAGCUGGAUCAAGCCUAUUAAAUCAGGCAUACAGUCUGUUAGGGUUCAUCAUGCUGAGUGAAAUGACCCCCUCCCUUGUUAAAAUCCGUCGCCCCAUUUUUGAGAAAUCUGCUGUUUCAUUUAUGGGGUAAAGGGGAAUUUAGUGCACUGGAAGGUGGGCCUAACUCCUCGAAGCACCCAUUCACCACUGCUUGUCCCCUGAGCCUCUCCUUGAGGGAGAGGUCAGUCAUCCUCUCUGACUUAUUCCCUGUAAUGCGCCAUUGACUCAGAAUUGGGGAAAGCUGACUAAAGAUGUAUUGCACAUGCGCUGUUUGAAGAUUAACUGGCGAAUGCGCAGGAUUACAGGCAGGAAGACAGUGAAGAUGUCUGGCCCUGUCUCUUAAAGGGAGGGGGAGU